UUGCCCUCGGAUCCUUUUGUUGGUACCGAAAGAAACAAACAAGGCUACGAAUCCUUAGCCUUUUUAGCAGACAAACAAGAGGAAGGGCUACAAGGACUUGGGAAUCUAAGAAGCUUUACGUUCAGAGAGCUUCAUGUAUCUACAGAUGGUUUUAGUUCCAAGAACAUUCUUGGCGCUGGAGGAUUCGGUAAUGUCUACAGAGGAAAGCUAGGAGACGGGACUAUGGUUGCAGUGAAACGGUUAAAAGAUGUUAAUGGCACGUCAGGGGAUUCACAGUUUCAUACCGAGCUAGAGAUGAUUAGCUUAGCUGUUCAUAGGAAUCUACUUCGGUUAACCGGUUACUGCAAAACUUCUAGUGAAAGGCUUCUUGUUUACCCUUACAUGCCCAAUGGCAGCGUCGCCUUGAAGCUUAAGUCAAAACCGGCAUUGGACUGGAACAUGAGGAAGAAGAUUGCGAUUGGAGCAGCAAGAGGUUUGAUGUAUCUACACGAGCAAUGUGAUCCCAAGAUCAUUCACAGAGAUGUCAAAGCAGCUAAUAUACUCUUAGACGAGUGCUUUGAAGCUGUUGUUGGUGACUUUGGGCUUGCGAAGCUCCUCAACCACGACCGCGGUCCGUGGCACCGUUGGUCACAUUGCACCUGAAUAUCUUUCCACAGGUCAGUCUUCUGAGAAGACCGAUGUGUUUGGGUUUGGUAUACUCUUGCUUGAGCUCAUAACCGGAUUGAGAGCUCAGUUUGGUAAACCGCUAGCCAGAAAGGAGUUAUGCUUGAAUGUGUGAGGAAACUGCAUGAAGAAAUGAAGGUAGAGGAACUGGUGGACCGAGAACUAGGGACAAACUAUGAUAAGAUUGAAGUCGGAGAGAUGUUGCAAGUGGCUUUGCUAUGCACACAACAUCUUCCAGCUCAUCGUCCUAAAAUGUCUGAAGUGGUUUUGAUGCUGGAAGGAGAUGGUUUAGCUGAGAGAUGGGCUGCUUCGCAUAACCAUUCACAUUUCUACCAUGCCAAUAUCUCUUUCAAGACAAUCUCAUCUUUGUCUACUACUUCUGUGCCAAGGCUUAAUGAAGCACAUUGCAAUGAUCCAACUUACCAAAUGUUUGGGUCUUCGGCUUUCGACAAUGAUGAUGCUGAUCAACAGCCUUUAGAUUUGCUAGCCAUGGAACUAUCGGGUCUAAGAUAACACACAGAUAGAAAGAUAUCAUCUUUCUAUCAAACUACCCAAGGAAGAAGCUCUACACUUAUUAGAAUAUAGACAUGUAUGAUAAAAUUUCUCUACAGUUUGAGAUUCUGUGGCGAUGUAUGUAUAUAUUUUGCUUUAACGGUAAUGAUGACAAAUGAAGAAAUAUAUUAGACUGAUUUGUUUGACUCUUCUUUUGACUAGAAUCUGUUUUGCUCUCUCUCAAAUGUAUCAUUACUCAUUUGAAGGAUGAGAUGUUUGCUGUUUUUGUUGUUACCCGAAGCUGGUCGUUGUCCUCUAAUAAGAACAUCUCCAGAUGUAAACAUCAUUUUUUCUUUAAAAUUUGACUUAAAAAAAUGAAAGGAAAUAACAUGUUCUCGAUUGAUUUGUUUCAUUUUUUCUUUAUUAAAGAAAUUUCUAAUUACCAUUUUUUCAUUAAACUAUUAAUAAAACUUUAUACCUUUUCAAAUUUACUGAUUUUUUCCAACAAAUUUUUCUAACGGUAAUCCAAUACGAUUACUAUUUAGUAUAUAUUAUACAAUUACUACACAUAACAUAAACAAAUAAACAAAGAAUAUUAUUUUUAUAAAGAAACACCAAAUAUAUAUUGAUCUCAGUAAAAGUAACACAUAUAAUGAAGUUAAGGAUUAAUUUGUAAUUAAAAAAUCAAUCUUCAAAAAAUGAGGAAUCAAAAUUUGAAGAAAAAAAAUGAAUACACUAAAGCAGUAAAUGAAACAAAAAGUGAAAAAGAAAACAUCAUUAAAAGUACGCUCAGGAUUAUGUCUUGCGGUUUUUGUUAAACUUUGACUCCCAUGUGUCAUAUUUUAUCGUGGGAUGGAUAAGGGCGUCUAUUUCACAUGCGAUCCGAUCGACUGUCACGUUCACGCCAGAUGCGAGUAAGCUGUGGUGUGAUUUGAAGAAGAGGUUCUUGGUUGGUAAUGCAGUUCGCGUUUGGUUGAACCAAUUUCAACACUAAACCAGACUAAUGUAUGGUUUCGGUCUGACGCUAAUUAUACAUUUAAAUGGAGGUCGAGAAGAAAAAAGAGUGGAUGAUAAACGUGUAGUGCAAUGAUGGUUUCGCAGAAAAAUAAACACGUGGAUGUAAGAAUGUACAACGUUGUUCGGUGCAUGCUCCACUAACGAUCUCUCCGAGUGGGACCUCUCAUGUAUUAUUCGGUCAUGCCUCCAAUUUUAAUUAAAAAAUAAUUUAAAAUUUCUUUUGGAGAUAUCGUGCUUAUCAAGGUUUGUCACCACUAGUAUAUCAAUACAUAGUUGAUUCAUAUAGCCAGCCAAUGAAUUUAUUUACUUCAAUGUCAUAAUUGGUGUGGACACAACUAUCCGGUUUUGUAGGAUUUUCACUACCAUAUUAAUAAGCUCAGAAACGCCUAUAAAAUACCUUCAACUUCUUGUAUCAUAUUCAUCAAAGCUUUAUAGUUUUCAAGGUUCGGCGAAAAUUGUUUUAUUCUACAGUUUUUGUUUUUAUCAACAAUGUUCGUUAAUAAACAUACAAAAUAUCUUCCGAUUUUGUUUGCGAAGGUUGCAUCUUUACAGGGUGGGAUUAGCAGUGGAAACAAGAAAUACAUAGCAGAGACACAAGUUGAUGAUGAUAUAGAUACAACGAGAACGGUCUUGCUCUUAUUCUGAAUAUUCCUUAUCCUUUCUUUUACUUGUCUUUGGCUUUGUCUUGCAACAAUCUCAGUUGCCUUGUUUGUUUGUUUUUAUGCUUUCUUUGUGGUGGUGGUCCGGGAGACUUGUGUGAUAUUUAUAUUUUGGGUGUUUAUUAUGUCAAAUAUAUCUUUUUUAUCCUAUGAAUUGUAAUUUGCGGGUGGAUAUGUAUUUUACUAAAUGCGCUGAUGAAUUUAUCUACUUAUCAUCCAUCCUUUACAGUAUAUGUUAAUCUUAGACAGCAAAUACAACAGCUUCAAAUUGAAAGUUAAGUGUGUGUACUCCUUUCCAUUCUACCAAAACUAUCGCAUAGACUUACAUUGUCAACAUCUUUGUCAAAUUCUCACAGCGUAUACACAAAAUUACAACAGACCACCGUAAACAACCAUUCGCAAAUGUUACUGUCCAAACCGGAACCAUUAGCGAACACGCUAAUGGAUAUGGGACAUGUUAUGCAUAACAAACGUACUAUACUCUAUAAAUCAAACAAAUUGUUUUCUAGAAAACUUGAUCCAACAACACAAUGUUAAUUGUUUUUAAGUUAGGAAAGAAUUGGACGAUGAUGAUCCUCGAGGAGGAAGGUAGGAAGAAGAGGAGGAGGUAGGAGACUAGGUGUAUUAUGUAAGAAACUACAAAAAACUUCAAAAAUGAAAAAUUAAAAUAAAAGAAAAAAUAAAAGUUAAUGAUAACUCAGGAAAAAACUUUUAAAAUAGAGAGAAUUAAGAUAAUAGUAAUAAUACUUAUUUUGUUAGUAGAUAAAUAAGUACACAUACUUAUCUUACUAUUUUAAUAUUUAUUCUUUUAUAUAAAAUAAAUAAGUGAUGUCAUCAUCAGAUAACAUCAUUAGGUAACAUCAAAGAAAACAUUAUUAUCAUACGUUUUUCUUUUGACAU